AUGUUAAUCGAUGAAAAUCAGUUUGUUCUUUUAUUGCUUAUAUUUAAUGAUAAUUUAGACAAUGCUUUGACAGAGGAUUCAUUCAAUAGCAGUGGUUUAAUACCAGAGACGAUUAUUGAAUAUUCAUCAACAAUUAAUGUACCUACAAAAUAUAUGACUGAUGAAGAAUAUUAUACUUCAAUUGAAUCAAUUGCAUUUUCUAUUCUAACAAAUCAACAAAUAUCACAAUCAAUAACUGUUCUUGCUGGUAUUGCUAAUGAGAAUAUUACCUAUACAUUUAAUAUUGAAAAUGGUAGAUUGAUAUUUAUAUUCUCACAAGAUAAUUCAUCUGAUAUAAUUUUAACAACAAAAAAUGAUACAAAAUUAAUUAAUAAUGGACAAUGGCAUCGAUUAUAUGUUGAGCGAUUAAAUCGAAAGCUACGAUUUACUCUUGAUAAUGUUGAACAAUCAGAUAAUGAAUUGCCUGAUGAGUGGCAAGAGAUAACAAAUAUUUUCAUUGGAGCACAAUUAACGACCGCACCCAGUGGUAAUUAUAACGGUAAAAUUGGUGAUGCAACAAAACAUAAAGAACCCUUAUUACUUCAAAUAACAUUUAUGGAUGGUAGUUCAAAAGCUUUAAAAGCUGAUUCAGCAACAACAGCACGUGAAUUAUGUGAUUUAUUAGCUGAAAAAAUUAAUUUAACUGAUAAAUUUGGUUUUUCAUUAUAUAUUGCUUUAUUUGAUAAAGUUUCAUCACUUGGUUCUGGUAUGGAUCAUGUUAUGGAUGCCAUAUCACAAUGUGAACAAUAUGCGAAAGAACAAGGUACACUAGAAAAAAUAGCACCAUGGAGAUUAUUUUUUCGAAAAGAAAUAUUUGCACCAUGGCAUAAUCCUCAAGAUGAUUCUGUAGCAACGAAUUUAAUUUAUCAACAAGUUGUACGUGGAAUUAAAUUUGGUGAAUAUCGAUGUGAAAAAGAUGAUGAUUUAGCAAUGAUAGCUGCUCAACAAUACUAUAUUGAAUAUGGUCAAGAAAUGCAUAUUGAUCGUUUACGUGAAUUGCUUCCUCAUUAUAUUCCUGAUAAUCAACUUGUUCAAAAUAAAGCAACUGAACGUUGGUUACAAAUAAUUAUUCAUGCACAUAAACGUCAUUUUAAUAAUGCAAAAGAUUCGAUAUCAGUUUUACGUGUUAAAGAAGAUGUUGUUAAUUAUGCGAGAUUUAAAUGGCCAUUAUUAUUUUCACGUUUUUAUGAAGCAUAUAAAUUUUCAGGACCAACAUUACCAAAAAAUGAAGUUAUUAUUGCUGUUAAUUGGACAGGUGUUUAUGUUAUUGAUGAUCAAGAACAAGUUUUACUUGAAUUAUCAUUUCCUGAAAUAACUCAAGUACUUAGUAGUAAAUCAUCAGGUAGACAACAAAGUAAUAGUUUUACAAUAAUAACAAUUAAAAAUGAUGAAUAUACAUUUACAUCAAAUAAUGCUGAUGAUAUACGUGAUUUAGUUAUUAAUUUCUUAGAUGGUCUUAAACGAAAAUCAAAAUAUGUUGUUGUUAUACAAGAUUUUGAUUCAUCAGGACAAGGUUUAUCUAUACGUCGUGGUGAUUUAAUUAUAUUAGAAGAAGAUUCACGUACAAAUCAAACAGGUACAUUUUUUGGUCAUAAUGAACGCACAGGCUCAACCGGUGAAUUUCCGAGUGAAUGCGUUUAUAUAUUACCAACAUUAUCAAAACCACCACAAGAUAUUUUACAAAUAUUUGCAUUACAAUGGACUGAUGUUAAUCAACAACAAGCACAAAAUGAACAUUUAUUUUCAUUAAAUGGAAAUAAUAAUGGUGAAUUUUUACCUGAACAAGGUUAUACAUUAGAAAAAUAUGCUGAAACAAAUUUUCGUUCACCACCUAAACGUACAUGGUCAAAUACAUUUUCACGACGUGCUGGAAUGAAUAAUAAUGGAGAUCGUUUAUGGGCCUUUCAAAAAGAACCAUUAAGACAAUCAUUAUUGAAAAAAUUACAAGAAAAAAUAGAAUUAAGUGAAGAAGCAUGUUCUUGUUUUAUGAAUAUACUUAAAUAUAUGGGAGAUUAUCAAACUGGCUUACGACGACGAGCAACAAAUGAAUUAACGGAUGCUAUAUUCGAUCCAGCACUUAAACAUGUAAGAUUUUCACAUGAAAAAACUGAAGUUAUUGGUUUUAGUUGCAAGUCAAUUUCGUUAUUUUUUUGA